AUGAGCGAGAUCCAAGCCAACGGUCCCGUGGCAGCCAACAUCUUCGUGUGCCACAGCCUGCUCAACUUCUACAAUACGACGCCAACGGACGUCUACUCCGGGGACUGCUCCGCCACGUCGUGGGAUUUCGUCGGCGGCCAUGUGGUCACAAUCAUCGGGUGGGGCACAGACGACGAAGGCAAAGACUAUUGGCUCUUUGCCAACUCCUGGGGUCCAACCUGGGGCGACCGCGGCUACGGCCGCAUCGCAAGAGGCCGGGACACGGCCGGUAUCGAAACGUGGGAGAUCACCGCCGUUGCCAUGGCAAGGAGCCCACAGCUGCGCAGCAACGCACCACACCACGAACAAGCCGGUGGUCACGAUGACGGCCAAGCAGAGGCUCAGCAGCAGCGACAACAGAGCAGGUCAGCAGCGGCGGCGUCGGACAUCGUGCCUGGUCCGUCAGUCCUCGUCGACUGUUCUUGCCCCAGCCAUGGUGGUGGUGCGACCAUCUAA